AUGUCAAGUCAAAAUUAAUUCUAAAUUUUGUGUAUUAUCAAAAAUAUUUACGCAUUACAUAGUAUAAGUGCAAAAAUUCAUGUUCUACGUUUACAGCGUUGUUUAGAGUAAAAUUGACGUGAUGGCUGAAAAGUGCGAAACAAAUCCCAACGAGGGAGCAAGUACACCCUUACAAGAAGAUAAAUCAUCUGGAAAUUGGUGGGACUCAUGGCUAUCAUCAGCCAAAACGAAGUCCGCAGAAGUAUACACGAUGGUGAAGAAGGACUUGGACGAAAUCGGCACAGCGGUCAAGUGUGAAGCGAGCCAUGUUUUCAGUUCUACCUCCAAUGCGCUAGGAAAGACCUUUAAGCUCGACGUACCAGAGUCUCCAGCGAAUGUUAUGAAAAAAAGUUUUAGCACGUUCAUUGGUCAAGUAAGCACCGUUUUGAACCCGGAGCCUGACGACGAAGAUGAUACUGAAGUUAUCUUGUCAUCGGGAGAUACAACAAUGUUGUCCACAUACAAAAAGGAGCUAGAAGCCCUCCAGCGAGUUGAUGCUACUUACAUAGUGCCCGCGUACAGUCCAGAGUUCGAGGCCUGGCGCGCCAGCCUCGAGAAUACGGAGGCUGGGGUCAUAACACCCUCUUCGGCAAUAAAAAGGCUCGAAUCGAAUCCCAUUUUGAAAGGGCAGUAUGAAAAAUUGGUGCCAGAUGCUGUAUCACAUGACGAGUUUUGGGAGAGGUACUUAUUCCGCGUGGCGCUACUUCAAGAUCGCCUGGCCGCUGCGUCACGGAAACAACCACAGGAUCAACCUUCUGCCGAUCCCGUUUUGGCGCAUUUGCCUCUCCAAACACCUAUCCAGCAGAGUCCUAAGAAAGUGCUCUCUGGACUAGACAGUGAUGUUCCCUAUGAAAAAGAUGAAGACGAAGUUGUCGCAUGGGCGGAUGAAGAUUUUGCACAUGACGUUGAACUUACAGAGGAACAACAAAUACUACUUCUAGAAGAAUAUGAAAAAGAAAUUGCUUCAAAGAAAAUAAACAAACGGUCAUCCUCACGAGACAUGGUUAACAACAAUUCAGAAAACAACAAGAAACUGCCAUCACUCAAAGACGAAAUGAACAAUCAAACCAUAGACAAGAAAAACAAAAAUGGUCGAACGCCAAAAAAAGCUGUUAAAGCCGAUGAGUGCGGAAAUAAUUUAGUGGAGGACUAUUUUGGGGAUAAUCAGGUUAAAGAUGAUGCUAGUGCAAAUUCUGACGAGAGUUGGGAGAAGGAAUUUGAAAUAGAAGAACCUGUGGCACAGAAAGCCUGACUCUACCUUCUAACCAAUCCGGCCAUAAUAUAUUAAAAAAGCUAUUUCUCAAAAUUAGUUUGAUGUUAUAUAAGUUUUAUUUUAAAAUAUUUCAUGACAAAAUUGUUACAGUAAUUUAAAAUGAUUUAAAAUCAUGAUGUAUUGCAAAUAUAAUUUACUUAUAAAAUAUGUAUAUCUAUGUAUACGAUCUUUAAACAAUUCAUGCGAGAAUGGUAUUUGACAAAAUGGCAGAAACGCGCAUAUCCGUCAAUCAGCACGUUAAAAUUACUUGAAACAUUUUCAAGUUGGCAAAAUCUUCAAGUAAUUAUAGGUUUUAAGGCUGGAACCGUAUUAACCGUUGUAAUGUAAAAUAAAUGUAUUAUGCAAAAUUACUUUGCCCGAAAAUGGGGUUAUUCAGUCUUAUGAUAUAACUGUAUUUAAAGGUCUGCAUUUACAAAAAAAUAUAUAUUUUUUAUUACUUAUACAACGGUAAUUCAUAAAAUCAAUUAUAAAAUAUAUUUCUUUUCGUAGACGUAAAUGAAAUAAUAUAAUAAACGGAGGAUAAGGUGAAAUUGUUAGAAAAAGAAGUGAAAGGUUAUGUAAUAUAUAACCAAUAUGUCGUGUAACAUAUUUUACAUAUUUUCAAAAAGAUUUGCUUAAGGAGUAAGGCAUCACACUUUGGUAAAGAAAAAGUACCAAAAAAUAAACACAUUUUAAUCGUCAUUCGUACCGAAUUAACGUCGCCCAUCCGUUUUAUACCUACUAAGAUAGUUAUAGUCAAUAGUUUUUGGCGUUUUAUUGGUGGUUACUCGAGUUUAGAAAUCUAGAAAAAUCUAAAAUCGUUCAAAAAGUGAAACUCGAUUUGGUCGGAGAAGUGGUGACAUUAAUAUUUUCCGUAAUUGACCCUAUACAUUGGACAAAUAAAGAAAGGAAAGACUAGCGACUGGCGUUUGCAGUAUUAUUACUACCUACUAAGCUACCGUAGCUGUCUACGUAGCGUGUGUCUACGUACAGUUCUUUAAAUACAGAAACUCUAAUAAUUCACGAUCUUACUUAUAAUCGCUUACUUGUGUUAAUUAUCUCUAUGCCUGUCACUUUUCCUUGCCAGUUAGUGAAGAGAUAGAGAGGGGGGGGGGGGCACAACAGCAACAGCAAUUUUAAGCAUUUCUUAAAAUCAUUUUGAUAUUUAUGGAUUAUAAAUACUCAACGUUACUAAAUAUUAUGACGCCGUCAAUUCUCAUGGUGUCACGGUCACUUUGACUUAAAGUAAAAGAGACAGCACGAGACUUACGGCGUCUUAAAAUUGAGUAGCGAGUUUGAGUAUUUGGGCAAACAUUGUCAGUUUCUAUAUUAUUUUUAUAUUUGUAGGUUAAUUAUAAAUGCGUGGUAUUAAAUAAAAACAGCAAACGCUAGUUCACACUUUUCAUUCCGUAUUUGUCAGGUAUAGCGAUUAUUAUUAAAAAAAAAUCCUUAAAAUACACCAAAUUCAUCACUCACUCUCGGAGCACUUCGUAAAUCUGCACGGAAACGUGCUUAUAUUUUCGUUUGUAUUCCUUCAAACAUUUCCUUCAACUAAAUAUUGUUGGUAUGGUAUUUAUAAUAUAAGAAGUUAGGCGUAUUGAUCUUAGAUUAUAAAUAUUAUACUAUAAUAAAUUAUAUAUGGGUAUCACAUUCGGUUAAUGUACCAAGGACUUAUUGUUCAAAUACCUAAUAACAGCUGGACUAACAAAACUAUUUAUUGAAUAACUUUAAACCCAUCGUCUGUUAUCGAAUAUGUUGUUAAAUUAUAGAUGCGAUGCUAAAUUAAUCUCAUUUUACCCGCAAAUGCAUUUAUUUUCCACUUCCAGUAAUUCUAAGACUUACUGCACUAUGUACCUUCUUUUAGUUAUUUAUCACCUGAACAAUUGUGUUAUUAUUAUUUAUUAUAAUAUAUUAAGUUGAGAAACGUGACAAUUUUGCAACUAUACAUGAUUUCUAUUUACCGUUUAUGCGACAUUAUUGUAUUUCAAGUUAUUACAGAUUAUUGUAUAGGAGUAUUUAAUAGAUCAAUGUACUAUAUUAUUUUUACUAGAUUGUUUGUAUGUUUGCUUUGGCAUGAUAGAAUAGAUAUGUUACUAUUAUACAUUCUACUCACCUUACGUCAAUAUCUCAAUGUUUGUGGAUCAUCAUGAUUUACGGUGUCACUUCUUCUGUGGUGUACUUGUGAUAGCUAUGGUCAUUAUGUCAUAUAACUGUAGUAUCUUGGAUUUAUUCCUCACAUUACAAAGAAAUAUCUCUUAGCACUGAAAGACCACUCAUACUACCAUAACAAAAAGUGUGAUAUCCCUAACAAAUAGAUAUCCUAAUAUAAUGAUUUUUCAAUAGAUCUAAGAUAUCGGUACAGAUUGAUUUAGAAUCAAAUAGAAUUGCGCUAUAUUACGCUAUGGAAUUAACGAAUGGACGGUAAAUAAUAAAGUAUUCAUAGGGACAAUACAUUUUGGCAAGUUUAUUAAUGCGUAAUGACAUUUUCUGUUAUUUCGUAAUUGUAAUAUUACUGUGCAAUAAAAAUUAUCUGUUGGUGAAAUUACACGGCAUAUAUUCGCCACAUGUCUAUUGGUAAUUAAUUACAAAAAUGUAGUUAAUAUUAAUAUGUGGUGUUGUAAUUUCGUCGCGUGUUUACAAAACAAAAUUUUAGUUUUAAUAAUUAUUUAGGUUUACGAUCCUCAACUCGCCCGUUGUAUUGAGUUGACAUAAGUUUCGUUAUGUUUUGUAAAUUAUGAUUUUAAGACUAUGAAUUAAAGUUAAUAAAAAUUG